AUGGCUCUCAAAGAUGCGCUGGCCAAGAAGGGCGGCUUGACCCUGUCGCAACUGGCAAACUACGACGACCUGGCUACCGAUGCUCUCGUCGACCGCGUCUACUUUUGGACCACCAUUCGCAAGAAUCGCAUGAGGUAUUCCGCUUGCCGCGGUCUCCAUGAGGAGGACAUCGCCAAGAUAUUACGUGACACAGUAAUCAUUAACAAAGACCCGGCCAAAGCCAUGGAUCAGUUACUGGAGCAGCCUGGCCUGAAAAAGUAUUUGCAAAGACUGGGAACCAAGGACGAAAAGGAGCAUUUCAAGAGGCACCUCCGCAAGUACGUCAACAUUUAUAUGCCGGAUUGCCCGUGGGAGGUCUCAACCACGAAUCGCUAUACCAUUGUCAGCCAUGAAGCCUCCGUUGUUGCGCGAAAAGAAAUCAAAAAGAACGAGGUCAUAAAGUAUUUGUGCGGUAUCCAGGUCGCCAUGACGAAGGAGGAAGAAGAGACGCUUGACCUCAACAAGCGCGAUUUCAGCAUUGUCAUGUCCAGUCGCAAAAAGGCGCCCUCCCUCUUCCUCGGCCCCGCGCGGUUUGCGAACCACGACUGUGAGGCGAAUGCGCGAUUAACCACCGCCGGUCCGAAUGGAAUGGCCAUUGUCUCGAAAAGGGAUAUUGAAGUGGGCGAGGAGAUUACGGUGUCUUACGGCGAGGAUUACUUUGGGGAGGACAAUUGCGAAUGUCUUUGCGCAACUUGCGAAAAGUACAGGCGCAACGGCUGGGGCCCGACCAAGGAUUCAGACAGCGAAACCACGGCCGAGGAACCGCAAGAACCAGAACACGAUGGUCCGUACUCGUUCAGAAAGAAGAGGCGGUAUGGAACGGAUUCGGCCAUAGCUUCGCGCGACACGACAACGGAGCCGACUUCAACGGAUAGGCGGAAAAGGAGGAAAACGAACGCUUCGCAACCGCAUGAUUCGCCUAAAUCGCAGUCAAAGAAGCCACGAAAAAACAGCAUUCCACAGAUCAAGAUGGAGCGUACAGACUCGCAAGUGAGCCAGGAGGCCCCGGCAUCGACUAUUGAGGAAGAGCAACGGCCUACCACUGCGUCCGCCAAAUUAAGGGCGAUGCGGAUUCAGCAGCGCAACUCUUGGUUUGCUACGGUAUUGGCCGCACCUGAAAGUUUUAGCGCGAGUUCGCCAGGCUCACUCAGUGAUGCGUCUCAACCUUCUACACAAUCGACUGCAGCCACCUCCGUUGACGAGGAAGUUUCGCCAAAGAUACAUCCGGUUAGGCAGCUGAAGACUGCUGAUAUUGGAACCUCUCGACCUGUGAAUGGCAUUUCCGAAGCCGCACAGCCUCCCAUUGAAGUCAAAGUAGAUGCGUCCGAGGUCCAGGUCACCAACUCCGGCACCCAUCCACGCAGAGAAUCCUCAGAAUCCGCGCUUUCCGAGCUCUCCGACAGUGUCGCCUUCGACGAUGCCAACCAGCAACUUGUGCGGCAAAAACGGUUAAAAACGCCUCCACGGACCCGCUCGCAGUCGCACGCCGCACACCCGCCUCCCGUUCCGAUCCCCACGAUUGAAUCGACGGAGCCAGAAGAUGCCUACCAGCGGCAUCCAGGCGACUACACGCUAACCCCGCUUCUCCUAGCCGCAAAGUACAGCCGAUGGGUCGUCUGCCGAACAUGCGACGCAGACUUCGUCCAAGAAGAGGCCUACCUCACGCGGGCGGCAUGUCCGCGGUGCGAGCGGCACAGCAAGCUGUACGGGUACACGUGGCCGAAAACGGACAAGGAGGGCAAGUACGAUUCCGAGGAACGGGUGAUGGACCACCGCAUCAUCAACCGCUUCAUCCCUCCGGACGAGGAACGGGAGAUACGGAAAGGCAAGAAGACAUUGCAGGAGGAGCUGGCGAAGCGGCGGGCGAGCAGCAUAAGCGAGGCGGAGAGGACGAGGACGGAGAGCGAGGGACUGAGCACGCCGAGAAGGGGCGGCAGGACGCGGAGCAGGCUUUCGGCGGUUUUCGCAUAG